AAAAAGCAGCAGUAAAUAAAACAACAAAACCCCCCAAAAGCCAAAACCCUAUGAAGAGAUCAAUGUAUCGGAAACAACAAGUUUGAGUAGCACCUCCGAUCUCAACGCAGCCGGAGUUCGUCGUCGCCCGUCACAAACACUCAUCAUUGUCAACAUCAAGGUUUUUCUUUUCAGAUUUCCUUUCCCUUUUCUUUAGCACACGUGAGAAUGCGAUUCCACUCCAAGUUGUGGCCGCUAUAGCCUUCCCGCGAACUCAGUGCAAUCACACAACUACGCCAUUUUCAUAUCGUACUUAAAGUAUCAUUGGUAGUGCAGUUUUUCUUUAAAUUAUCAAUAGCUGGAACACUCAAGCCAAGGACAUGGCAAAUCAACCAAAAAAUGAAAAUCAGGAAGCACCAAGUUCUGCACCACUUAUCCAGCAAACUGGUGAGGAUCAACUAGUCAGUAGUACUUCUGCUGUGGGCUUUAUAAAUUCAAUGGAACAGCGCUAUCAAAAAAUCAAAGAGCAUGCAGAAACUUAUCCAUAUGUAUGGGCUUCCUAUAUUGUUGUAUAUGGUGGCUUUGGUCUCUGGACUGCCUAUAGAUGGAGAAAGCUUCGUAGGACAGAGGACAGUGUACGCACGCUUCAAGAAAGACUACGUAAGCUUGUUGAAGCUGAAAAAUCUGGUGAUUCGGCCAAAGUGGUUGAAAAGGGUUCCACAUCUUCUGAGAAGCUUUCCAAAUAGCCGACAUUCCAAUCUUCCUUACCAGUUACAAGAGCCAGGUAGUCUUGUUUACUGCCGCUGAUAUCACUUUCUUUACCAUCAAUGGUUGCAGAUGGGUCUAAAUAAGAUAAGAUUCUUUUGGCUCCUCUAUUCAACUGAAUCACUAGAGGAAGUCAUCAACUAUAUCAUCGUGCUGUGGACAAUGUUAAAAUUUGAAUCUCAUUUUUCCUUCCAAAGUUUUCAGGGUAUUAUUCUACCCAAUCAUUAGAAGUACUUUACUAUGUAGCUAAUUACUAUUAAACACCAUUAUAAAUUAGAUGUUAUUCCAUUCUCCAUUCUAUAUAUUCCACUAUUUGCUU